UUUGCAAAAUCGUACAGAGAUAAUCAAUGGAACCCUGAUUGCUCCUCCUAUUUCAGAGUUUAUGGAGAAGAUAAAAUCCUACUUUAAAGAUAUAGUAUUUUGUUGGCACUGUACCCAAUUUCUUAUACAGUUUUGGAAAGUCAUAAAAAUUGGGGGCAAGCGUUUACUUACCACUCGACACCAACCUUUUGGUUUUAGCAAGAUUGAUGAAGGACUUUGUCAGUAUAGGUUGAUAUCUUUGGAUUAUGAAUUUGAUGUGGAUCGAGUGAGUGAUGAAUAUCUUGGCCUGCAUGGCCGUGUGUUCCGGCAUCAGCAGUGGGAGUCUACUCCAAAUGUGCAGUAUUACUCCUGCAAAGAGUAUCCACAGCGCGAUCGUGCUAUCGUUUGCAAUAUUAAGCAAUCUCUGGCUGUACCAUUGUUUGACCCUUUGAGGCAACGCUGCAUUGGUGUAUUUGAGAUGGUGUCGACAACUGAUAUAAUAAAUGUAUAUUUGGGGAGUUUCCUUUAUUUCGAGAUUCAAGGUUUGACAAGAUCAAAAUGUGAACAUUUGUAUCAUGAGAAAGUCAAGGAUGAAACUCCUGAAGAAAUCAGGAAAAUGCUAGACGUGGUGUAUAGCACUCAUUAUCUACCUUUGGCUCAGACUUGGUCCUUGUGUAGGCUUUGCAAUGCAGUGUUCAGAAAAUAUAGAACCUGUCAUAGAGAGGGACGUAUGGGUGAUUUUUUAGCUGCAUGUGCUUUACAGCACCUACGAAAAGGGCAGGGGGUUGUUGGGAGAGCAAUUUUGUCCCAAAAUUUGGUAUUCUGCAAAGAUAUUACUCAAUUUAGCAUAACUGAGUACCCUUUCGCACACUACGCACUCAAAGUUGGACUUACUGGUUCUUUUGCAAUUUUCUUGCGGAGUAGUUAUAUUGAAGACAAUGUUUACGUGCUAGAAUUCUUUUUGCCCCCAAACUACACUGAAGGUAGGGAUCCAAGGAUUGCUUUGGUUCCGUUAUUGACAACAAUGAAGCAGCAUUGUAAAAGUUUUAAGGUCGCUUCUGGCGAAGAACUAGGAGAAGAGUUAUCUAUUGAAGUUCUUGAUUUUUCAGAGGAUGGUAAACUUUAUUGUUAUCAAAUACCCCAAACUGCAAGAUCUCCAAAUAAGAUGGAGAAUGGAGAAGAGACGGUGUUUCUAGAUUUAUCCUAUCAACAAUUACCCGAAGUGGAUGCUAUAGACACAGGAAACAAUAUUGUUAGUAACACAGAAGAAAACAACAUUGUUUUUACUUCCUCACAGCAAAAACUCAUAAUUAACUCGUCCCAGAGGCUACAAAGAAAAGCUAGAAUUCCAAUUAGCUUGGAGAAGAACGGAAAACUUGAUUCUUUUAAAAAACCCCAAAUUGCAAGAUCUCCAAAUAGAAUGGAGAAUGGAGAAGAGAUGGUGUUUCUAGAUUUAUCCGAUCAACAAUUACCGAAAGUGGAUGCUAUAGACAUUGGAAACAAUUUUGCUAGUAACACAGAAGAUAACAAUAGCGUUGUUACUUCUGUACAGCAAAUUGCAUAAUUAACUCAUCCCAGGGGCUACAAAGAAAAGUUGGAAUUCCAAUUAGCUUGGAGGAUCUCCAGCAACGUUUUGGAAUGAAACUUGAAGAUGCUGCAGAAAGCCUUGGCGUUAGCCGAUCUAUAGUGAAGCGUGCUUGCAGGGAAUAUAAUAUCACCUGGUGGUCACCUUAUAAGAGAAGUAAGGAUAACCAAUUGUUUUCCAAUAAACUUGUCCAAGGUGUUGUUCAGGAACAAAUCCUAGGAUCUAGUCAGCCUCCAAUUUCUGAUCCACCUCAUAUGCAAGACAUGGUUACUGCUUCUUGCACAAAGCCACAUUUUACAACAGUGCAAGACGAAAGUAUUGUGACCAUAAAGGCAAAAUAUGGAGAUGAUUUUAUUAAAUUUCAGCUCCCUGUGUCGUCGGGAAUGGUAGAGUUUCAACAGCAAGUGGCAAAGAGGCUGAAACUACAGGGUGGAACCUACCGUGUCAAGCAUCAAGAUGAGGACAAUGACUGGAUUUUAAUAGCUUGCGAUGAGGACUUGCAAAAUUGCAUUUGCAAUUCGAUAUCACAAGGGAGGAAUAAAGUCACAAUGUCGAUUCAGCCAAUUACUAAUUGCCCUAAUUGCCAAUCUUAAAUCCUUAGCUGCAUGUGGAAUUCUAUAGUCUACAUUUAAAAGACAAUUUGAGGUUUGUAUCUUGUAUGCUUGUUACAAGUUUGUAUGAAUUUUAUGUACUGCGUGUUGUUUACUUAAUUGAUUGUAUAAUAUGAUUCAAAUUUGUUUGUUAGAUUGUAAAAAAUUCUUAAUCUUAGGGCAUGGUAUUGUUUUAAUCUUAAAUUUGGGAAAAAAAGAAAAAGUAAAAGAAACGAAAGUUAAAUUUGUUUCACAAAUCUCGUUCCUUCUCUUUUUUUACUCUACAAAUCAUCCUAAAAAUUCAAUAUCCGAAUAGAACGCAAGUGACGUUUGCAAAUGGCUACAAUUGCAAAUGACUAAAUUUUAUUCUAGUCAUUAGAAUUCAGUGUAGUCUACAUUACAUUUAGCACUCUUACAUUCUCACGAAAUAGUAGCUCUACAUACCCAAAACAAAAUUAUCUAGAAUUUAAACUCUAAGACCAAAAUGCAUUCAUGGAGUGAUCCCACAACAAGAAGAUUAAAUCUACACUCUAUAUCUUAAAUUCAAUCAGUUUCUAAUUUUUUUUUCUAGUUUUAUAAAUAAAUUUACUUUAAUCCCUUCACUCUUAUUUAAUGACAAUCAAACUCUUACAUUUUAAAUCAAGUUAGAAUAUAACUUCCGUCCACCAGACUUUAAGAGGCUAUAAUAUUUUUUCUUAUCUAACAUUUCUUAUACUUAAUGAAACACACAUUUUAAGAUAAUUCUCCAACAAAAUUUGGUGAAGCCCACACACA